UUACGCACCACCCCCAAUCUUAUUAAAUCCAUUCAAUUCAUUUUUCAAUUAAUUCCGCUCCCCACAAUCCUCUUCUCCCCCACUUCUUUACUAAAUAAAUAAAUAAAAGGUCUUUUUUUUUUUAAAAAAAAAACUCUCUAUUUCCCUCUCUCUCUCAUUGGAUUAACUCAACCUCGCUUGUGGAUUUGUAGAGUUGGGAGUCAACUCCCCAAAAAAGUUUGAGAUAUUCCCCCAACAUUCAACCCCCUCCCCACUCUCCCCUCUACCGCUCCUAAAAGUCAACUCUCCUCCUCUCUCCUCCGCUCCCCUCCUCCAUUGUUUCCAUAAUUCCACCUCCGUUCUCAAAUCCUCCAUGUCGUUCCCGUUCUAGCCGCCCCCGCUCCUCCUCCCCAACAAUGGGUAACGGCUUGGCCAAGCUCAGCCCCUGCAUCCCCGUCGCCGACGACGGGCGCCGCCGCCACGUCUCCGUCGCCUCCGAGCCCUUCCCCGACGACGGCCUCGGCGGCUCCUUCUUCUCCAUCUCCGGCGCAGCCAUCAGCGCGAACCCGUCGACCCCGCUCUCGACGUCGGCGGAGCUGCUCAACGAGCUCACGUGCUCCUCCGCCGCGUCCUUCGAGAGCUCCCGCUCGUUCGCCUCGGUCCCGCUCCAGCCCCUCCCCCGCUUCUCGGCGUCGCUCUCGUGGCCCCUCUCGGGCCCCGUCUCCGACCACCUCCCGGAGCGGGCCGUCGUGUCGGGCCCAUUGGAGCCCCGCCCCGCCCUCUUCUCCGGGCCCCUCGACCGCCCCUCCCCGUCCCACUCCUCCUCCUCCUCCGUCUCCUCCCGCCUCCACCGCAGCGUCUCCCAGAUCAUCGCCGAGCGCCGCGCAGUGCGCUCCCGCCGCAGCGCCGCCAACCUCUCCUUCCUCCGCGGCCUCACCCGCGCCGUCGCCCGCGCCGUCGCCCCCGCCUCCAAGCUCCGCCGCAGCCACGACCCCCACCCCCACCCCAUGAAGCCCAAGCCUCACGGCGCCGAGGAGCCCUGCUUCGCGGAGGCGCGCGGCGCGAGCGUGCAGUGGGCGCAGGGGAAGGCCGGGGAGGACCGGGUCCACGUGGUGGUGUCGGAGGAGCACGGCUGGGUCUUCGUCGGCAUCUACGACGGCUUCAACGGCCCCGACGCCACCGACUACCUCCUCUCCAACCUCUACUCCGCCGUGCACGGCGAGCUCAGGGGCCUCCUCUGGGAGCAGCACCAACGGGACGGACACGACGGCGACGACGGCGACGACCACCUCCACCUCCACUGCUGCGACGAAGAGCGCCAGAGCCUCGGAGCGUGCCUCAAAUCGGCCUGGGGCGAGGAAAGAUCCGACCUUGAUCGCAAAUUGCAAGCCCAACUGCGCAAAUCCAACUCGGGGCUUUCCGUACAGCACCGCAAGGUGCUAAGAGCGGUUUCCCAGGCUCUGAGAAAGACGGAGGAGGCCUAUUUGAACGCCGCCGAUAAGAUGCUUGCGAAAAAUCCCGAACUAGCCCUCAUGGGCUCUUGCCUUCUCGUCCUGCUCAUGAAGGGGGAGGACGUCUAUAUCAUGAAUGUCGGGGAUAGCCGCGCCGUCUUGGCGCAGAAGAGCGAGCCCGAUCUCACGGGAAUUCUCGGGAAGGCGACGCAGGACCUGGAGAGGUUUAAGCUGGAGAUGCUCCGCGAGCUCGAGGCCUAUGAGAUGGACGAGCUGUCGGGCUUGACGGCGAUGCAAUUGACGCUGGAUCACAGCACUUCGGUCGAUGAUGAAGUGAGGAGAAUAAGACAUGAACAUCCGGAGGAUCCUUCCUCGGUGGUGAACGGCCGGGUGAAGGGUUCUUUGAAGGUCACUAGAGCUUUCGGGGCCGGCUAUCUGAAGCAGCCCAAAUGGAAUAAAGCACUCUUGGAGAGGUUCAGGGUCGAUUAUGUUGGCACCGCCCCGUACAUCACAUGCAAUCCAUUUCUGCGGUACCACAGACUCACCCCGAAGGACCGGUUUCUAAUUCUAUCAUCCGAUGGGCUUUACCAGUAUUUUACGAACGAAGAGGUGGUUGCUCAAGUUGGGAUGUUCGCUGCAAACAACCCUGAAGGCGAUCCAGCUCAAUACCUCGUUGAACAAGUGCUGCUACAAGCAGCAAGUAAAGCUGGCAUGGAUUUCCACGAGUUAAUUGAAAUACCGCAAGGAGAGCGACGACUGUAUCAUGACGAUGUUUCCAUCAUAAUCAUUUCCUUGGAAGGACGAAUAUGGAGAUCGUCUGUGUAAAUAACCCAAAACCUAUAAGAAAGAAUAUAUAUAGAGAUCACAGAAAGUUUCAAGGCCGCUGCUGUUUUCGAUCCGUUGCCUUUUCACUUUGCCAUUUGAGCUUCGGAAUUUGAGUGCACAGGGAAUGGAGUCGGUUGCUUUGCGCGGAAGAGCUGAGGAAUCUGAUGAUUAAUUUAUACUGUUGUAGAAAAGGACAUGGAUAUCUAAUAAUUAUCUCUUUGUUAGAGUUCGACUACUGCCCAUGUAUUGCCCCCCCUGGUUUUCUUGUUAAAUUCUCUCUCUAAAUUCAACAAUUGUUUGUUUCCAAAUAACGGCUGUAUUGAGUUCGUUGAGACUUGGACUUAUGUACAUAUUUCAUGACGUAACGAAGAAAACUGAAGUGCCUUGAAAUGUUAA